GAUCUUGGGAAGUCUGUGACUAUAAUGAAUGCUGACAUCCCUUCUAGACGUUGUUCUCUGCUCGCUGCCUCAGAUCCACACACUCUGCAGACAGUCGGCGGCCCGUCUGCUCAGGACGCGGCCUUCGGAAGGGUUUCUAGAGGGCUCGGCGUGCAGGAGCCUGGGUCGGGCAGUACCACUAAGCACGGGGCGGGGGGGGGGACGUAGAGGCCAAGGGCGUCGUCGCGAUCGGGGAUCGGAAAGGACGGGAACAUGGCGGCCUUAGGGUCGCCGGCGCGCACCCUGCGAGGCCUCCUGCGGGAGCUGCGCCACCUGAACGCGGCCACCGGGAAGCCCUAUCGCGACACCGCGGCCUACCGGUACCUUGUGAAGGCUUUCCGUGCACACCGGGUCACCAGUGAGAAGCUGUGCAGAGCCCAACAUGAGCUUCAUUUUCAGGCUGCCACCUACCUCUGCCUUUUGCGCAGCGUGCGGGAACACGUGGCUCUUCAUCAAGAAUUCCAUGGCAAGGGGGAACGCUCGCUGGAGGAGUCUGCUGGUUUGGUGGGCCUCCAGUUGCCCCAACAGCCUGGAGGGAAGGGCUGGGAGUCAUGAUAAAGGAGAGAAUCUGCAGAUGUUACCUUCACUCAAGAGCUUACUUAAUUUCUACUAAUAUGUAUUUAUCAUUAAAUUCUUUAUAGACUUUA